CAAAAGAGAGACUUUUCAAAGGCCCUUUUAACUACCCGAACAGAAGAAGCAUACCUUCUUUUUGCAUUAGUAGUACAGUUCAUAGGUUGUCAAUGAGGAUGCUUAGGCUUUGUUUCUUGCUAAUGUUUAUGCUUAAUUUAGCAUCAACAGUGUUUUCUGUUGAUAAAUAUAGCAGGAAAGACUUUCCUCCUGACUUUAUUUUUGGUGCUGCUACCUCUGCUUAUCAGGUGGAAGGAGCAGCAAAUGAAGAUGGAAGGAGUCCUAGCGUUUGGGAUAUCUUUUCCCAUGGGAGUGGACACAUGGGAGUUAAUGGCUAUCACAAAUAUAAGGAAGAUGUCAAACUCAUGGCUGAAACUGGUUUAGAAGCCUAUAGAUUUUCUAUCUCAUGGUCAAGACUUCUCCCAAAGGGGAGAGGAGCUAUCAAUCCAAAGGGCUUAGAGUAUUACAACAACCUCAUCAAUGAACUUGUUAGCCAUGGUAUCGAAGCGCAUGUUUCGUUAUACAAUUUUGAUCAUCCACAAUCACUUGAAGAUGAAUAUGCAGGAUGGCUUAGCAGAAAGAUUGUGAAAGAUUUCACAGAUUAUGCAGAUGUGUGCUUCAGAGAAUUUGGUGAUAGGGUUUCAACUUGGACUACUAUAAACGAGCCCAAUAUUUUUGCGAUGGGAGGCUAUGACAAAGGAAUAGUGCCGCCUGGACGAUGUUCAUAUCCAUUUGGAUUCAACUGCCACAAGGGCAAUUCCACCUUUGAGCCAUAUUUGGCAGCUCAUCAUAUAUUAGUGGCUCAUGGAUCAACAGUAAGAUUAUACAAGCAAAAAUAUCAGGCCAAGCAACAUGGAGUUAUUGGGGUCACCCUCUAUGCCUUUUGGUUUCUUCCUUUGACCAAUUCAACAGAGGAUAUAACUGCUACACAAAGAGCUAAAGACUUCUUGUAUGGUUGGUUUAUAAAUCCCUUAGUGUUUGGAGACUAUCCAGACAUAAUGAAGAAGAAUGCACGCUCAAGACUUCCAGUCUUAACCAAUCAGGAAUCCAAAUUGGUUAAGGGUGCAUUCGACUUCCUCGGGCUGAUACAUUACACUACAGUUUACAUCCAGGAUAACUCCAAAAGUCUGAAACUGGAAAUUAGAGAUUUCAAUGCGGAUAUGGCAGCAAGUAUUUUAUUUGACCCAGAUCAUCCAUAUAUACUAGUACCAGAUGAGUAUCCUAUAAGGGCUUGGGGUCUGGAAGGAUUAUUGGAGUACAUUAAGCAAGCUUACGGCAAUCCUCCUAUUUACAUCCACGAAAAUGGACAAACGACCCGACACAAUUCUUCAUUGCAAGAUACGAUAAGGGUGGAAUAUAUGCAAGCAUACAUUGGGAGUGUACUUGAUGCAAUCAGGAAUGGAUCAAAUACAAGAGGGUAUUUUGUAUGGUCCUUCUUGGAUUUAUAUGAGUUACUGGAUGGCUAUGGAUCAAGCUUCGGCCUGUAUUUCGUUGAUUAUAAUGACCCGCACUGGAAAAGACAACCCAAGCAAUCUGCACAUUGGUACUCCCACUUUUUGAAAGGAGGAAAGGUCGGCUCAGAUGGAAUUGGCGAGUCUUCCUCAGAGUCACGGCUUGCAACGGUUUAAUGCUUCAUGUAAAUGCACAAACAAUGCGGUUUCUUUUAGAGUGGCUUUCAGUUGUAAGUCUACAUUUGUUUUCCUGUUAAAAUACUAAGCUAAUAAUAAUACAAGUAGUUAAAAGAUGGGUGGAAAUGGAGCUUGCAUUUCAACUCUUUUCUUUCUUUUUA